AUGGCCUCUCCUCUUCCUCCCGACCCUUAUGUGGCGUUAGGGGUUUCCAAAGAUGCAGACAUCUCAGCUAUCCGCACCGCUCACCGAAAACUCGCUCUCAAGCAUCAUCCUGAUCGUAUCAAGGACGAAGCACAGCGGGAAAGGGGAAAGGAUGAAUUUCAGAAGAUCCAACAAGCGUAUGAGCUGCUCUCUGAUCCUGUUCGGAGAUCACGCUACGAUGACCGAGUCCGCUUGGCCGAGCUUCGAAGAGAAGCCAUGAUGAGAGACCCGCCACCAACUGCCACGACCGCCACCAGAACAUAUCCUAUGAGACCCGCUCCGGCUCCAGCUCCGACUUCUACUCCUGCUCGCGAGUAUCGAGAAGACGGUAAUUACUUUGAGGAGAUUCGCCAACCCAGAAACCCUGCAGCAUACGACUACCGAGAUCCUUACGAGGAAACUCCCCCACGCACGACCUCGAGAAAAUACCCCGAAUAUGAGAAGAGAGCGCCUCCGCCAUCCAAGCCAGCCGAGAAAUCUAAGAAACCAUCGACUGUCUGGCCAGGCAUGAUGGCGGCGGCGGCGGCCGUGAAACUGAAGAGCCAGGCGGAGAAGACAAGAAACAGCAAAACGGAGGAAAAGAACAGAGAUCGCGAAAAGAGACGGGAUCGGAGCGAAAAACUAGAAACAAGAAGGACAGCAUACGUUGAUGAUUCGGAAUCCGAAAUUGAGAUCAGACCCUCCCUGAAGUCCACCUCCCGCUCCAAAACAACGCCCCAUUUUGAGCCCGCGUCGGAAGCUCCACGCAGAAGAUCUCCCCGCUCUGAGAAACCCCGUGAGCACGACGAGGCAAACUUCGACUACAAAUGGGAGAGACACCAUGAAGACAGUAAGGCAUACAUGGCCAAGGCGAAGAAUCGCCCCAGCAUGGAUCGAGCAGACUCAGACGCCUAUCAAUAUUGGGUCGGAGAUUCGAGAAGCAGUGGUCGCAGAAGUGGCAGUGACAACGAAAGACGACCCAGCUCGUCCAAGGGACACCGAGCACCAGUGGAAGAUUACUUUCCGCCGACCUUUUCAAAGUCUACUUCGUCUCCGAGCAACCUGCGUCCCCAUGUGGAAGAGCGCACUCCCUCGAAGCCUUCGGCCAGUACGCCACGUGACCGAGAUUGGGAUCGAGAGCGUGACCAGCGUAGAAGAAUGCCGCCAACUCUACCUCGCUCCCAGACCGCACCUGUCCCGAAGCUUUCGACCAAAAAGGACACCGCCCCGGCAAAGGGUUCUAAUCUGAAGCAUGCCGAAACUCAGAUGCACGAUUCGGGCUACGGAAGUAGUCCCAGUCCACACACUCCAGAGAUGAGAGAGGGAAGCCCGCCGCCAAGACCUACCAGGCCUCGACAGACAUCUACCAAAUACCAAAUCGUCGAUCCAGAUGAUCGUGACGAUUUCUCGCGAACUCCACGGGUCAACAAGCUUGAUGACUAUAGUGAUCGUUAUGCCAGAACCUACCAUCGCAGCCCGGAAUCAAUGAUUCGGGAGCCGAUGCCACGAGACUCUGAUCGUCGCAAAGAGCGACCUGAACACCCGAGAGUUGAAACUAGACCGUCUAAAGCAUCCCGCGGCGCCUCGCUUAUGGAGGAUUUCGUCCAAACCCCUCCUGUCCGACGCACCGAGUCAGCACGCUAUGAAGACCGGGCCUCGCCACGUUCGUCACGAGAGUCGCCGCCUGUUUCGCGCAACAACAGUGGCCGUGAUAAGCUGUUUGCCGAGAUCUCCCCUGAUGAUUCGAGACAUGCUCGACCUUAUCCGGUCGACAAGGUCCACAUUGCACCUCGUCGAGAACCACAAUACGCGACCUAUAUGCGUGAUGCUCCUGACUACCGUGAUGGUGAGCCUUCGUCACGUUAUCGCGAGCCUCCUCGAAUGAGACGUCCUUCGGUUAGUGUGGGAGGAUACUGA